CCCCCCACACACACACACACACACACAGAAAUGUCGGAAUGAAAUGCUAAUAACUUCAUUUAGCUAAUCUAAGUUUUGCAAUUUAGUUUGUUUAGAGGCAGUUUAGUGAUGAAGAAAGCAUGUUUGUGGUGUUUCCAUGCAGAGUGUUUGGCAGCCCCAACAGGAAGUGGUCAGAGGGUCAGAUUCAUGCUCGACUGCCCCAACAGGAAGUGGUCAGAGGGUCAGAUUCAUGCUCGACUGCCCCAACAGGAAGUGGUCAGAGGGUCAGAUUCAUGCUCGACUGCCCCAACAGGAAGUGGUCAGAGGGUCAGAUUCAUGCUCGACUGCCCCAACAGGAAGUGGUCAGAGGGUCAGAUUCAUGCUCGACUGCCCCAACAGGAAGUGGUCAGAGGGUCAGAUUCAUGCUCGACUGCCCCAACAGGAAGUGGUCAGAGGGUCAGAUUCAUGCUCGACUGCCCCAACAGGAAGUGGUCAGAGGGUCAGAUUCAUGCUCGACUGCCCCAACAGGAAGUGGUCAGAGGGUCAGAUUCAUGCUCGACUGCCCCAACAGGAAGUGGUCAGAGGGUCAGAUUCAUGCUCGACUGCCCCAACAGGAAGUGGUCAGAGGGUCAGAUUCAUGCUCGACUGCCCCAACAGGAAGUGGUCAGAGGGUCAGAUUCAUGCUCGACUGCCCCAACAGGAAGUGGUCAGAGGGUCAGAUUCAUGCUCGACUGCCCCAACAGGAAGUGGUCAGAGGGUCAGAUUCAUGCUCGACUGCCCCAACAGGAAGUGGUCAGAGGGUCAGAUUCAUGCUCGACUGCCCCAACAGGAAGUGGUCAGAGGGUCAGAUUCAUGCUCGACUGCCCCAACAGGAAGUGGUCAGAGGGUCAGAUUCAUGCUCGACUGCCCCAACAGGAAGUGGUCAGAGGGUCAGAUUCAUGCUCGACUGCCCCAACAGGAAGUGGUCAGAGGGUCAGAUUCAUGCUCGACUGCCCCAACAGGAAGUGGUCAAAGGGUCAGAUUCAUGCUCGACUGCCCCAACAGGAAGUGGUCAGAGGGUCAGAUUCAUGCUCGACUGCCCCAACAGGAAGUGGUCAGAGGGUCAGAUUCAUGCUCGACUUGUUCUGUGAGAGGACCUGGGAGGAUGAGCUGAAGUUCUCCGUCUCGUCUGCGAUGGCUUCUUCCCAUCAGUCAGACGUCGAACACUGACUGAGCUCCACAGCAGUUCCAACUAGAACAUGGAGAACAUUAACUAAAAAUGGGAACUGCAUCGUUUGGGUUCCUGUCAGUAAAUUAUUCAUAGAUUUCUCAGUUUCCAUAAAACAAACAAAACUUUCUUCUUUAUUUUAAAAUGUUGAGUGAGACGUCUACUUAUUUAUCAGAGGUGUGCAGAGAGACCGCUAGUGUGUCCCUGUGUUCUCUGUGUUCUCCGUGUUCUCCGUGUUCUCCGUGUUCUCCGUGUUCUCCGUGUUCUCCGUGUUCUCCGUGUUCUCCGUGUUCUCCGUGUUCUCCGUGUUCUCAGUGUUGUCAUUUCUAGUUACUGACCUCCCUAACUGCAGUGUGUGUGGACGUGUUGUGCUGCUGUGGCCACUAGGUGUCGCUGUGACUCUGCUUUCAGCUGGAGCUCUCAGAGAAAAGCGCUCUUCUCAGUGUUUACAUCAGAGCUGUUAGAGGAGGAAAGGAGCUGUGAAAGACCACAUUGUAAAUCAUCUCUUAAUCUGCGUUUAUUGUCGGCUCUGAGGUCAUGACGUCUCCUGGCGAUGCUGUCGGUUAUUCUGCAGCUUCCUUUGGUCGCAGCGUCCGUCACGGCGAGCUGUGAAGCUCAUCGAUGCUGCUCCAUUUUUAGCUUUGAUUGUGUUUGGAGAUGAAGGAGGCUUUUAAUGCUUCUAAAUUAUUCAAUGUUCUCCUCUAAACAUCUGACAGAAAAGUAUUGACGCCUGUCAUUGAUGC